AAAACAAAAAACGCAGUAACGUCAGAGAGAGAGAGAGAGAGAGAGAGAGAGAGAGAGAGAGAGAGCUCCGCAGUAAAACAGCAGGAAUAUCCCUCCUGUGUGUCACAGAGUCAGAGCUGACUGGAGAAGACUAGCUCCCUCCUGAUCGGUACAUCACUUCAAAAACACCUGAAAACCCUCCUCCUCCUCUUCCUCCUCCUCCUCCUUUUGUUUACGGCUUAGGAGCCUCCUCUCCCCCUCUCCUAUCUCUCCUCACUGAGCUGCAGGAUGAACUGGUCCUCUCGGCAGGAGAAGCCCGCUUGGAGCUCCUUCAGGAGACAGCAGCAGCAGCAGCAAGUCGACGCGGCUGCUCCGGAAUGCAGGGGAGGUUCCGGGACCGGGACCAGGGACAGCGACACUCGGCCGGCCCCCGAGCAUAACAACACGGCCCGCAGCAAGCGACACCUGGAGGGGGUCCUGAAGAAGUACACCAACCUGUUCAAGGGCUGGCAGAGCAGGUAGGUACCUGAGGGGGGAUUAUUGCUCGUCUGUGUGUGGAUUUACAGAUUAUAUGCGCUUUUAAAAUGAUUAUUGUAAUCGUAUUAUAUAAUAUCCCUGUUGGAUCCAAACCGCUUCUUGUGUCCCACUCUCUCUCUGUGACACCCAGAGCGUUUAAAUCUUCUCAGAUAUAAAGGAACAGCGUUCACGACAUGUUUUGCACUUUACUAAGUUGCACAGUCCUUUAAAAAACUUCCACACCUCUGUGUCACAUUGGCCCACCCAAUUUAUUAUUGAAGCUAGAUUUUAGUUAGAGGAAAUUUCUAAAAAUACCAUGCCAGUGCUAUGAUCACUUUGUGCUUAUUUAACAAACACAUUAUUUAACAAAGCAUUUUCUCCCCAUAAAAAUGUCAUAAAACCCUUACUUCAAUCUCCCAAUUCUUUCAAACUUCUUUCAUUUUUAGCUGAAAAACCUUGCAUUAGCAUCCAUUUGUCUUUAUGUGGAGGUAAAGAAGUCACGAAAGAUGAAAAAUGCCCGGAUAAUAACUCUCUAUCCAACUUGAGUGACAGUUUUGGAUAACAUUUUAGUUGUUUAUUGAUGGUUAUCUAAGGUCACACUGUGGGACAGAUCUAUAUGCAGAUUUGAAGCAUGAUGAGGUGGUCUUCAUCCCUUUGAGUGUGCAUUCAUACAUUCAAAGAUUUUCUGCUCAGACUGAAUGAAUGAAGUGGAGCUCAGUUGUGUUCAGAGAGAAACUGUGGGGGUGGGAGUCCCACAAACACUGAAUGAGUCAUCCAGGAUCAGGAAAGCCCUGCACUCCUCUCCUGCAUUUCAAUACUUACUUCCCCUCUCCUUCAUCUCCUUUUCUCACUCCUUCACUGCCCCCCCACCCCCAUCUUUUACUGUCCAAGUGGAUCGAUGGUAAAAGCAUCCGAACGUGUAAUGAGAUCCGUGAUCACACUUUGACAGUGUGUGGUGUGCUUACUUCCUCUCACACACAUUCUCUCACACACUCUCAGAGCUGUUUUUGGCUCUGAAAUACUGGAAAGAUUAGUGUGUGUGUGUGUGUGUGUGUGUGUGUGUGUGUGUGUGUGUGUGUGUGUGUGUGUGUGUGUGUGUGUGUGUGUGUGUGUGUGUGUUUGCAUCAGCAGGUUAUGUGUCCUCUCUCUGGAGGAUGAAAUGAAUAUCUAUGUGCUGUUCAGAGUCUUGAUGUGUGUGUUCAGCCUGAGGACAGAUCGGAUGACGCAGGUUGGUAUUUGAAUCACACUGAUUGUUUUUUGUUGUUCUUCUCACCCUGUCGGGUUGUCAGACUGUCAGAGGGAAUUAUGUUGUUAGUCCGUGGCUGACAGAGGAUAUAAACAGAGAUUAAUCAUGAGAGGUGAUGCUGCUGAAGAUAACUGUGGUGUCAAAAAGUUCUCAGACAUUUUGCUCAGACUGUUAUGUCAUUGUUUGUUCCUUCUAUCCCAGACUCAGAUAUGAUUGCACAGACUUUCUUAUCUUCUGGAAGAAGUGGAAAAAUGUCAGUGAAAACUUCACAGUCUUUUCUCUCUGAAAGUUGCAGAAGGGGUGAUAGAGUGUUCAGUCAAACCUCAGCAUGUUAACAAUAAUUUAAUUAUGUGCUCCUCCCCCAGUUUUCCAAUUCUUAUAAUGUAGAAAUACAUGUGUGUUCUGUCUAAGAUUCAGCAAUCAGGAUGAUGUUUUAUGUUCAAAACAAUGCAAAACCACCUGCUAAAUGUGUUGCACUAAGUUAAGACAGUCAAGCAGGUUUGCACGUCUCCACAAUGGGCCAAUGUACGCCAGGAGCAAAACACAACAACUGACACAAAUCACAAAGACAUGAACUUUUAAGACUUUCUACAGGACAUUACCCAAUUAUAUGGACGGCUAAAGCCGGGUUUAUACCUUUGCCUAAAAAACGCACUUGCUGUUGGUUGGAAUAGCUAUGUAGAAACCUAUGCAUAUGGCUGGAUGUGCAACACCUCCAAAGAAGAACUACACAUUCAACAAUAGCAGAAUUUAAGCCCUAUGACUGAUGCUUGAACUCCAACAAAACACCCUCAGAUCCACUGAACAAUCAAGCAGAGAAAGCUGGUAUAUCCAGCUGCAAGCUGGAAGGACUGAAGGAAGUUGAACUGCCAUAUAUGGUUGGAUAGAGAAACAAACAGGAUGAUGUCAUGUCUGUGGACAAUUUGUUGUAAAAUGCCACUUUUGGUUUGCAGACACGUUCUUAUCAGACUGCAUUAACUGCAUUAGAGAUUAUAUAUUGUACUGGUUCAAUUACACAGAGUGUGCCAUCCUUGUUGUUGUGUAUAUUUUAAACUGCUGCCUUGAGAAAUGAAGCAGCCACUGUAAUGUUUGUAAGCCAUGGGUGAUUUUUGGAGGAGGCACGCUUUGUACGAUCAUGGUUUGAACCCAGCCUGCAGGGCUGUAGCUGGGUCCUUCUUAGAAAGUGUAUUGGGACUGAAAACUGGUGAUAUGACCAACAUAGUAAUUGUACUGCCAACUAUUGUUUUGGAGGAGUAUUUCGAUGCACAAGUCUUCAUGAUGGCAUGGGCAACAAUGAUGAACUUACUGUGUAGAGACAAUGCAGAAGUAAAAUCCAGAGCAGUGAUUGAAAAAAGGAAAGAGCUGUCUAGUAUGGCUCUGUUUGACUUUCUAGGAAAUCUCUAAAAAUACUUCCUUUGAUCACUGAUUCCACAGCACUAAUUCCCUGUGGACAACAAUGUAGCAAGUCCAUCAGUUUUUGUCAGUUUAACUGGGAAGCAAAUUCAACACCAAGAGGCCGAUCAGCACCAUGGACAGCUCUGCAGCCUCACAGUAUAAUGUAUUGUCUGCAGCCUCACACUCAGUUACUGCAUGUGUAUAUCUUUUGUUUGUUUGUUUGUUUGUUUGUUUUUAAGUCUUUUGGUAAUGGUUAAAAUGACAUGACAUUUGUACGUCGUGACACUGAUGAAACUGCCACAUUAAAACAAGUGAGAUUCCUGUAGACAUUCUGGCUUUGACAGCCACCUCCACACUCUGCCAACCCCUCCUCUCGAUCAGCUGUAACUGUCGGGCUGUAAAUCCACAGCAGCAUGGAGGCUGAAGACAGGGUGAAUAAAUGUCUGUUACUGAGUGAUUUCUUUCUCAUGCUUUCUCUCAAACAGAAUUAAGUUUGCUCUCAUUCCUGAUGACAUCUUGAAUUCAGAAAAUCACUUUGCUAUCAAGAAAUAACUUGAACUUAUAACUUAGACCACCUCUUCUCAGUACAGUUAUUUUCUCCCAGUGUGCUAGCUUUAAUUAUUUCCUGGUUAACCCAUAUGUGAUCUUUUGAUGAAUUGUGGUGAUUCAAGUGCAAUGGAAUUAAUGACUUUCAGCACAGAUUCCUUUUUUGAACUGAACUGUAUCAUCAGCAACGGAAAAAGUGACUGUUUUUUUAAUCUAUUAGAGGAGUGAAAUUCCCUCAUACAAAUACAUGUAUGAAAAACACUGUCAUUGCUCGGUUAAUGACAUCUUCAACAUGGUGUUUCGCUAUUAAUAAUAGAUUACUAGAUUACACCGAGGCUUUGCUCCAACUUACUGUUCAUCCAUCUGUGGAGAGUCUCAGUUCCUCUGUCUCUCAGAGGCUUCAUUCUGGCUUUCUUCAGCAGCAUGAACCUGAAACAGAACCUGAUGUUCUUGUGAUGUUCUCCUCAUUAACGGAUCUCCGGUUUCCUAAAAUAACAUCAUGAUGCAGAGUAGCAAAAGGUCAAAGGUCAAGCUUUGUCAGGUCUCAGGAAGAGAAUAAAACUACUUUAAAUAUGUUUGUUUAAUGAAUUCAGGGAAGUCAGGAGAUAUAGGAAGUAUGCAUCUGUUUAUACAGAGAAAGAAAUCCUCCUCAGACUAUCGCUGAUGUGUGAUGGGAUAUCUGACAGUGGAUUUGGUUUCUUUUGUCUCGCUCUAUACAGACUGAUAACUCUAAACCGUAAAUGAACACCCCUCAUAUCUAAAUCCAGACCCCAGAGAUCAGAUUCUAAAUGUUUAGAGCAAAUCUGCACCACCAAUUCAUGACAGCUGCUACAAUAAGAACUGGACCAAGAGGGAACAUCACUGAGAGUUUUAUCAUUCUUUCAUCAUCACUCCCCUAUACAAGACUGUAUGCUCUCAUGCAUUUCAUAUCGUUUUGGUUAUUUGCACAUUUACAUUCAUGAAUAAUAAUGUUUAUAAAUUUGAAGGUAUUUUAAUCAACAGUCGAUCACAUGCUGGCUGACAAUCUUAGUCUAAACCCAGACUAAAUGUACAAAAAUAAAUCAGAUAGCACUGGUUGUUGUCUUUGUUUAAUGCAAAAAGCUAUUCAAGUACCUUUGUCUUGUUAUUGUUCAGAUUUGACUCUAAUGGUCGGGGGUUUUUAAUCCCUUUAUUUCUCUCUCCUUUAGAUAUUUCGUUCUGGAUCCCGAGGCUGGUCAGCUUCAGUAUUAUCUGAAUGACGUCAGUAAAACCCAGAGAGAUCCUCGAGGGUGCCUGCCUCUCCUUGGAGCCAUGGUUGUCUCCAGCGAUGACUCUCAAUACAUGUUCACUAUUAAAUCUACAGCUGGAAAUACAUACAAACUCAGAGGUGAGAGGGCACACCUUAAAGUUGUUCUCCUCAGUGUGGUGUUUUCAUACUGAUCAUAAGUUUGCUGUUGUUUUUGUGCGUCACACGACAUAGAUUUAUCCCUUAAACUAGAAUUUGCGCAACAGAUGAAUGAAAUUGCUGAGGACCAAUUGAAGGCAACAGUAGGCUCACAAUACAGUUCACAACUAAGCAAGGUGGUUCACUCCAUUUCUCAAAAGGAAAACACAGGCAGCAUAAACCAGUGUAGUCAGACCCCACAGGACACAUUCAUAACCCCUAUUCUGUAAGAUCUGACCCACUCCCACUCAUCUGCUGAGACUGAGCUGGGUUUAGAGAGAGGGAGAUGGAGAAAGAGAGAGAUAUGAUAUCAUAUAUUAUACUGAAUUGUAUCAUCAGUUUUGUAUUGCAAUGCAUUUUAUUGUAUUACACUUCAUUGUGUCAUAUUGUAUUGUAUCACAUCACAAUGUAUUGUAUCAUAUUGAUUUAAAUGUAUCAUAUUGUGCUGUGCUAUAUUAUAUUAUAUUGUAUAACAUAACAUUAUACCAUGUUGUAUUAUAUCAUAUUUUAUCCAACCUAAUCAAACAAGGAUUGAUUUUGGACAGAACAGAGGGCCUAGGUGUCUGCUCUGAGCCCACUUUUUGGUCCAGACUGACCAUAGGGGAACAACAGCAGUAGCAAAUACUGAACAGAUAUGUUGAUUGUAAAAGGAAAAAAAAAAAAAAGAAGAAAACUGUUCUCUCAUUUGACCUUAAAUAACCAAUCAAUAACUAUGCGGCUAGGUUUAUAACUAUAAAUAAGUGAUCAUUUUUUCAUCCCCAGCAGGAAUAAAAGGAUUUAAAAUCAAUCCUGAUAAAAGUCUUAAACGUAACAGUGUUGCAUAACAAAAGAGAAGUGUGCAUGUGUGUGUUAUUUCCUGUCUCAGGGACUUGCAGUAGACACACAAACACGCACACACAGACACAUAUAUAGGCACGCACACUCAGACUCUGUGUGGUCUUCUCCCUGUCAGCUCCGGACGCUCAGCAGCAGGAAUUAUGGAUGACUCAGCUACAACUGUGCUCUAGAUGUCACUCUGACAGCAAGGUAAACGCACACACACACACACACACACACACACACACACACACACACACACACACACACACACACACACACACACACACACACACACACACACACCUCUGUUGUUUAUGAUAUCCUCAGUCCUGCCUUAUAGGUCUACAGUUUAAUUAACAGUUUUCCUUCAAACUGGCAAUAUGUAUCUGAAGUUUGGACACUUUAUCAGUCAUUUUUCUCCUGCAAACUUUAUCUUCUGUUUACUAAUUAUUUACUACUAAUUUACUUUCUUAAUCUUUGUACAAAAAUGAUUCAGUAUGUUUACAAGUGAUGCACAAUAUAUAUAUAUUUUAGGCAAUAAUAACCUGCUCCAGAGGGCUGUUGCGCUGUAGCAGAAUUCAGAAAUCACAGAUGAAAAAGCCAGGUUUGAUCAGUUCAUCCUAGCUCAACCAACUGCAUGUAUGUCAUGCCAGGGUAAGGUGGAGUGGCUAUGUCAAGUAAGAAACAAAGAGCUCAGAUUCUUUGGCUGGUGUUUGUUUUUGCUUCUACAAGAACUCUCCAGAGCAUCAGUUAUGUCUUUUUCAUCUGGAGGUUUGAUCCAUGAACCUGUUGUCCACAUGCUGAGGUUGGCUCUACCCAGUGGUGUAUGAAUGGGAUUAGUCAAAAACUGAUGGUCUCUAUUAGUACAGUAUCAGCCUCUGCCACCAGUGUGUGAAUGUGGUGUGAAAGAGUGAAUAUUGCAUGUGAUAUAAAGAGCUUAGAGUGGACUGAGAGAUAGAAACACAGUCCAUGAGUCCAUUUUUUCCUUCUCUGGCUUGUCAAACUUAGAAUCCUCUCUCUGGACUAACCACAGAAGUCCAUCUGUCCAUAAGUGGUCAAAUUUCAGUCCCUGAGGUCGUCUGUGACUGUGUGCAGAGAGCACAUCAUACAGAGCAGGCAGGGAUGCAUCUGAAGAGCAGAGAGUCAGGAUACUGUUCAGAUACAACGUUAGCAGCUGAAAUCUUCCAACUGACAGUGAAGUAUCUGCAGAUUCAUUGGUUUUGUCCUUCAUUGCCUUGCCUUUGGGUCGUCUCUGAAAAACUGCCUGCAGCUAUCACAUGUCAGUCGUAUGGCAGCACUAUGGCACUGUCAACACUUCUUCAUUGCAAGAUCUGCUGUGCUAAAACUGAAAGAUUUCUUUUUCCUCCUCUCUAAACUCUGUUAGCACGAGGGCAAAUUUCAAUCUUUAAUCCUUUGCAGGCUUGUUGAAAGGGCUGUCAGGGUGAGGGAAUUUCCUCCACCAUGGCUCAACUCUGAGGUGUGUGCUGUGAUUGCACUUUUUCUAUGAAUGGUUGAUUAUCGUUGUUACUCUUUAUCACAUUAACAUGAACGUUAAUUUGAUUUGUUUUCAUAGAACAUUAAUCUUCUGAUGCAGUUUUCUUUAACAUAAUCAUCUUGCAUUACAUGACUCCAGAGCAGGAAUGAUGCGCUAUGGCAGAAUUAGACUUGGGCUCUAAAAAUAGACACUAGCAGCUGUUUGGGAACAGGAAUAAUUGAUUCUUGCUGAUCUGAUCUGUAAAUAGAAUUUGAUGUCCCAUCACCAGGAGCAUCUACACUGAGGUAGCCUACCUGAGAUAGUAGAAGGAAACUAAACCCUGCAUUGACAUGGUAAGGUGGAUCACAGAUAAAUCUUUUUGGAUAUGAUGUGUUUGGAUUUAAUCUGUUACUGGAUUUGGAACAUGGAGACCCUCUGUGUUACAGCAGGAGGAGGGCAGACCAUCAGACUUUUAACAGGUUUUAGUGUUAGUCUUCCAGUAACACUCUGAGUUGACUGUCGGCUCCUUCACCAAAGAAAACAUCACCAUCUCUUCAUCCAGAUACUGCGUAACAGCACCUGCAAGGGUUCAUGUCUCUCAUUGUUAGAGUUUUAACUCGAGCAAAGGCUUAUCUACCACAGGCACAGGCAUGAGCUGCUAGGCUCUGAGCUGGGGGGUUGAAGUAUGAUACAGAGAUGUCUUCAGUUGAUGAAAAUAAUCUCUGGAUACAGACCAAGGAACUCAGGUUUACUCAAUCAGGACCAGAUUAUGAUAAAACACAGGUGGGAUAUAUACAGGGACGAAGAUUACAUGUGAACAGAAACUUUUUAAAUAAUUAUUAUUAUUAUUCUAAUAAUUGAUCAGAAUAAACCAUGCAAUAAAUGAGUGAGUAAAUGAUGUGAAGCAGAGAAGAGAUAAAUGAUGUAGAUGUACAGCAGCCGUGUUUAAAAAGGCCAUGUUUUUUCUGUGAGACUCCUCGUUACAUAAGGUGUUUUAUACUUUGAGACCACUCUAGACUCUAAAUUCUUCUUCUGUGGUUAAAUUUUCUCUAUUGAUCCCCUUCUCCUGUCUGUCUGUUUAUUGAAUUAUACCUCCACAGAAAAGUGCUCAGGCAGCUGGACAGGUUUGGUUUCUGGACUUAAUGGACCCAGACUACAUUUCAGCCCUCUCCAUGUUUGAGCUCAUCUCCUUUAUUCUGCUGGGCUCCUCUGAAUUUAUUCACUUUCAUUCCUCAGACAGCUGAAUGAACCUUCAGAGAUAUCAGAAGAACAAAAAGCCUCCUGUCAUGUUGUUCCUUUGUGGAGCUCAGUCAGUGUAGUUUCUGACGUAGAGGAGGAGAGAGUGAUUUAUUUAUGAUCUGAAUGGCUUCAAAGUUAGAUCUGAACUGAGACUGACGUCAGUUAGGUUCGUCAGACUCCAAACAAACAGUGCAUUCAUUAAAGAUGCUGCGGGUGGGCCAAACACUUUGGAGUAGAUUUUAAGUUAGGGAGAAACACUCAGUGGAGCUGCACAUUUUAUUGAAUUAUGUUCCUUUAAAAGCCUGAUUUUACAGUCUUAGGUCUGGUGCUCAGGUGGUGCAUUGCAGAAUAGAUCGAACUCAACUCAACUCUAGGUUAAAAGUUUUUUUUAGUGGGAUGGGGGUAACUUCAAUCAUGUUAACUCUGUAGGAGAAACAUCAAAUUCAGGAGAAGUCUCUAAUUUGAAGUCAUAGAGGACGCACUCACCAAGAGAGGGCUGUAAGCAGGUAUAACACAAAGAACUGAACAUUAGUCACCCUCAGUCUACUCCUGCUCAGUGUCAAAUUCACAAGGUGUAAUGCAUUUAUUCAGCACAGUGUUAGUUCAGGCAUGCCAUGAAGUUAAGCUCUGCAUGCUGAUCUCCAGUCCAGCCUGUAACAGCUGACAGCUGAGCUGAUUAUCUUCUACACAUUUAAUUGGCUGAUGGUUGUUUUAUUUAAACAGCUUCAGCCUGCCUGUUUUUUCCUGCUUCUUCUGCAAACCGCUUCACAACCACCCUACACCCCAGCUCCUCCUUUUUACGCUGUGUCCAAUUUUACUGAUGUCAUAUGGUCAGUCUUUGCCGCUGCUCUGUGGACCCCAUACUACCAAAUACAACCCACUGCAUGAAAAUAAAUACUUGUCUCAAACCUGCCUGUGGUCCCGUCUGGCAUGCUUUUAACAGAAUGUUAAAUCUUUAGACAUAUUUACUCUUAAACAACCUUUGUGCAGGUCCAUCAGAUCUGCAGGAGGAACCACUUGUCUACACUGAAAGCACCCUGUCACUGAUUUUUUUUUUCCAAACAUCUUAACUUCACAUGCCAUGAAUAAAUUUAUUUAUCCUGACUUAUUUAUAGUAUGAAAUUACAUAAUAAUGAAGUCAUUUAUGACUCAUCAGCAUGGGGAUUUUAUGUAACAGCACUCAGGGUGAGUAAAAACAGUUUUUGGCACACAGUGAAUAUGUCUGACAGUCAUUUUACACAGCUGAGAGUUGGUACAAGGGUACAAACAAUUUAUAUCCAUCUAACUGACAUCAUUAAUUCAGAGGAAGCCUUUUUUUUGUUUGUAUUUGCAUGUAUUGUGUGCAUAAAUUCAAACUCACUGAGCUCAGACAGCUCCAAAACUUUCCCUUAGAGAUUUUGUUUCAUUUUAAAAUGUGCCAUUAUGAUCAACAGGGAUUUUGUGUGAGAAUUGAUUUGCAAAAGAAAACUUUGAGCAACAGAGCCAGUAACCCUUCUUUUAUUAUGAUACAGUAGAUUGCACAGGAAAUAAAAAAUAUUACAUCACAGGCUUUUAAAUAUCUAUUUACACCCUAUAUUUCACAUUCUCCGUGUUAAACCUUAAAUUAGUCACUGAAAAAAUAAAAGCCCCACAAUUUCCAGAAUGCACAAAGUAGUUAAAGUGUUGUUUUGUUAAAUAAAGGAUUAAAAAGAUUCAUGGCUGUUAUACUCUGUGGCUCGCUAUCUGCCCCCUAGUGGAAGAUCAGUGUACUGCAUUCAUCUGGACCUACUAUAGACUAUAUAAAACAAAGGACAGAGCAACAGCCAGCAUGUAGAGCCAGAACAUUCAGAACUCCCCCUGCUCUCUGGCUGUGGUAUAACAAACCCUGCCUCAUCCAUGUUAAAAGAUGGGACAUCACUGAAGAGAAAACCCUUUAUAUUACUGGUUAUUAUUAUUACUGGUGUGAGGAUGAGUCUCAUCAUCUCCAGAAUCACAGUCAGACAUGUUGGACACAUCCACUGAAAGUCCACUGUUCCUGUCUCUGUUUGAGAGGAAACAAAGGCUGUUUGUACAAACCUGUCAGGUAAAGUUCGGCAUGUUAAUUUGAAGAUGCACCACUUCAGAAAAAGUUAUCGUGCAUCAUCUGGUCUGAUUGUGGAAACAGACAGAGGGAGGAUAGUGGGUCUGAUUUCCUCUCCCUGUAGAAACUGAGAUUAUCUUUGUUGCACAGCAAUGAGAGGACAAGGAGAGCUUGUAAAGCGCAUGAAUAUUUUUACUGAGAGAGGAUGUGAGUUAGCUGGCUUCAGAGUCAGAGUCUGACGCCCUCAGGAAUCCUGCUCCCUCUCAGACUGUCCUGAGAUUACACAUGAGGAGACAGAGGGGGAGUUGGACCAAGUUUACAAUUGUUUUAACAAACAGAACUCAGAAAACCGCUCAGUUGAUAACAAGAAGCCCUGAACAGACAUACAUGCGGACAUUAAUUCUUUUUUUUUUUUCUGCAAUGAGUCACAAUCUUACAGUGUUAGUUAGCAGAUGCUUUUGUUCAAAGUUAUGUAUGAACUUAGGAACAAAAGCAGAGAUCUAAACAGAAGAAAACAACCCAAGGAAGUUUAAUUUAGUUAUUUUCUGGAGCUCGUCAGAUGACCAGAGUAUGUAUGUGUUUUGUUCUGUAUUUGGUUUUCUAGCCUUUAUUCAGAUGAUGGGUCAGUGAGUUGAGCUGAAAACUUGGUCUCACUUUUCUGUUUGAGCCUUAAAGAGAUAUUUUCAUCUGCAUGCUGCUCUCUGGAUGGACAGUCUUUGGGUCAAAGGUCACGUCAGCUGGGAUGUGCAGAGAGAUAAGCUGAGUCUGCAGAUUUUCAGAAGGAGCUGUUUCUUCCUUGGGUCCUGAGAAUUCAGACAAAAAGCUGUGGUGUUAAGAAACUAACAUUCAGAAAAUUGAAUUAAAGUUCCCAUCCUUUUAUAAAAGUCCUCUUGAGCCCUCUUCCGGCUAUAAAUCUUGCUAAAAGAAGAGGGAGGGGUCAUAUUAAAGCCAACUCCAUCUUGUUUUCAUACCUCUCAAACAGAUUUGAUUUCAAAUUAAAAUAUUAGUUUUACAGGCUCUGGAUGAUUCUGGAUUUGUCUAAUACCUUCAUGUAUGUAGUAGCUUCUUCCUGACUGUCCUCAUGCCAUGACUUCUGCUGAGUUGGUUUCAUGUCUGGUAUACCUGCAGGCGGACUGUUGUGGUUCAGUGGCAAAUGGUAGACUGCCCACUACUCAGAGAUGCGGUAAUCAUAGCAUUUAGUAUGUGCAGAAAACAGAUAUAUGAUAACUGAAGCGUGAUCUUUGGCUCCUGAGAUAGUGGAUCUGUCUGAAUCGGCGUCGGAUGUGGACCAUCAACUGACCAGUUUUCCUAAUAGUGUGGAUGUGAGACACUUACUGUGGCCUCUGAAAGCUGCAGUUCCCAGAAACAAAAAGAUUUUACCAAAAACACACUGACUAGUUCAUGCUGAGCGAGGACAGCUAAAGACAGAGUUGAAGUGUGUUGUAAGUUAGUGUGUGUCUGCUCACACUGCGUCUAUUUUAGCUCCUCUCUGACAAUCAGACGAUGACUCACCUCCUCUGAGUCUGACAUGGGAGUGAAGACUGAUUUCCACACAUGAGAUUGUUUGAGUGAAUGUGUUUGUUAAAACAUACAAAAAAUAUACAGUUAUGGAGAUCUCCAUGUCUGCAGAUUUCCAUGUCUGCAGCUAAGGGCAGAUUGAUUAUGGUAAAAAUUAUUAUCACUGAUUUAUUCUAUAUCAUCUGCAUCACAUGCACUUACUGAAUAUAAACCUAAUUAAGACAAAGACCUUUCACAGUGAAAAAAAAAAUCACAUAGACAGGAACCUUUCACAGCAUCAAUUCUUCACUUUAGACAGUGCAUUUAAAUGAUAACACACCAGUGGUUUGCAAACCUGACCUCUAAUUGUCUUCAGUUUGAGAAGAGCCAAAAGGUUGUCAGAUAGUGGUCUGAUUGAAGAGGCCUUUGUGGGAAGACCUUGAGAUGCUUAAUUUUUCGGCCAUAGGCUAGAACAAGAUGGAGGGUGUGGUUAAAACUGUGAGCAUGUUUGUUCACAACCUGUACAAAGCCAACUGAGUCCAACAAGAACAUAAAAGAUACUGGGGUUAUUAUUAUAGGUAUGAAGUCUCCUACAAUAAUGGUCUUGAUCAAAAUUAGACAUGAACUCAGAGUACAGGCCAAGAGGGCAGUAAACUGCAACAAAUAAUGCUGAUUGAGUAGAUCUAGCUGCCGGGUGAGAAAAUUUUUUCCAAAAAAGCCAUAAUUCAGUUUUGAUCUGGGGUUCAUUUGAAAACUACUCCUCACCUCCAGUCUCAUGUCCUAAGUUUCCUAUCGAACACCCAUCCUACAUUAGGAGCCAGACCGCUCUCCAACAGCAUGAAACAGACAACUUGAUUACAACGUGAUGUCAGAAACCAGAGUUACAGAGGGGAUCUGUAGGUACAGUGUGCCAACUGGGAUAGCCUUGCAGCCUUGAUAAGUCAGGGCAGAAUAUCUGUGGACAGGUUCAUUGCAGAGCUACAGUAUGUCAUGCAUUUGGUAAAGCUUGUCCUCCAUCAGAAGGCAUCGUAUCCUUCGAAUGCAAGACAGCCAAGCAUGCAGCUACUGUGGACUUUCCUGUGGCUGGUCUGGCUGAAACUUGAAUCUUGGGUGGGGCAGCUUGUGUGGACUUACACCUGAACCUCCAGUCAUGUACAUGCAGCAGUCUUCUCAGGGCUAGGCAAGUUCCCAGGGUUUCAUCACACACACCUUGACCCAGAUGCUACUCCUGUGAUGUAUGGUUGUCGGAAAGUUUCCGUCUUCACCUUGGACAGGCCAAAGUACAGACUUCAUGACCCAGAGAGAGGAGAGGUCAUUAUAGCUGCCACAGACCCCAAGGUAUGGAUAAAUAGUCAUGUUUACAUAGUCAUGUGACCUAAAUGAGACUAUAAAACACCAGCAUUACUCCAUUCCCACCCCUGGGAAUGUGGGCAUCAUGACAAGAGCCUACACAAGGUUAUGGAGAGAUGAAGGGCGACAAAUGUGAAGAGACAAGAUCCAGUUCAAAGUUAACACAGGGAGAUUUAUUGGGCAUAUCAUCAUAGCAGAAGGGCAGAGAAAGCUCUAGUUGAUAUGCCACCCCAGAGGACAGACGGGCACUACGCCAAACAGACCACUGACUGGAAUGACAAAAUUCCUUGAGGUUCUGUAAUGGCAACAAGCCGCUGAUGCUACAAGCAGACUCUUCAAAAAACAGUAAGCAGCAUGUCUUUUACAAGAAGAUCAGCCUGUAUGCUUUGCAUCGCUCACUGAGCCUGAGAAGAGAUUUGCUCAGAUAGAAAAGGAGCUGCAGGCCUUAGCCUUUGCAGCUAAAAUAUUUCAUCAGUACAUCUAUGGCAGAACAGUCAAAGUCCAAAGGGAUCACCAGCCUCAGGAGAUCAUUGUGCAGAAGCUGCUGAGCAAAGCACCAGCACCUGCAAGGAAUUCUGCUGCAACUGCAGAGGUUUGAUCUUAACAUUACAUACACACUUCGCAAGGGCAUGUACUAUGCAGACACACUGGAAAGGACAGAGGAAAACCCCUAUAGUGAAAAGUUUAUCAAACUGUGGAAGCUACAGACACACAGUAUGUUGCAAGGAUUCUGUAAAAGACAUAUGACAGGGCAGCUAAAGGAUGUCGCUUGGAUGGGAACUUACACAGAUAAUAAUGUUCUGAUGAUUGCAGACAAAACACAUAAUUCCACAGAGCUUCAGAACCAAAAAUACACACUUAUGUAUUUUUAUCAUCUUUACCAUUUCCUUGAAGUAAUAAUCAAUGUAUCAAUCAUUUUGCACUGCAGACAUGGUAGUUCUUCUGCUUUAGCGUCUCGGUCUGAUUGCAUUUCCAUGAAGAAAUGAUUAUAAAUGUUCUUCCUUGAGUUGUGUCAACCCGCAGCGGUCCGUAAUGGACUGGCCUGAAGUCUCAAUACAAACAAGCAGCUGCUGGAAGAGAGUAGGUGAGUUGUAUUGAGUUGCUUUCCAAAAGAAACCAGGCAAAGUUAAAAAUAUGUUUGGUGGGUAGUGCUAUGGCUGGGACCCUCUAUGUACUGUUGAUGAAGUUAGGUGCUGUUCUGAGCAUUAUUUGUGGCUAUAGAGUGGCGUUUUGGUCGGGGUUUGUGUGUGGCUCCUCAGACUGCUGUGUAUUGCUAUCGUGCGGUCAUUACUCAAGUUGUUGUAACUGGAGAAGCAAGCAGUCGGCAACACUCAUCUCUCGAGGGGGUGUCUAACCCGGUGUUACGGUGUGUUUGAUCCUAAAUUAAUUUUAUGCCGGAAUAUCCCUUUAAGGCCAAGGCAAAACAAAGUCUUCUGCCAACCUGGAAUGUCACACGAUAUGGAGGUGUGAGUGACCAGCAGACGCAGCCACAACAACAGAAAGUUAGAGCUGACUGGUCAGUUAUACCUUAUCUCAGUACCCAGAGUAAUAUACCAGAGUGGGAAUGAGGAAGAACCAGGAGAGUGUAUUCAACGCACAUCUUUACUUGAAGACAGCAGGUAGUCAACAGCAACAGGUUUACACCAUGACAUGGCAUAAGAGGCCAUGUUGAUAUGUUGGCCAACCGUAAACUAACAUAGCAACUGCAUUUGCAUAAUCAUACCACCAGGUGGAAAACUAACCACUUUAACACACCCAGAUGUACUGAACCUGCAUGACAAGACAGCCUACAUAGUUAUUUGAAAAAGACUGUCUUUACCAGGCAUGGAAUUCAAAAAGACAACCAUGUUUUACUCAGAGUUGUACACAUAUCCAUCCAGAAUGUCUUCACUUUUAGAAACACACACAAAGAUGGAAGUAAUUGGCUUCCGUGUUUCCACACGGCUUCAAGCUAUCAUGACUGAUGUGAGCUUAUGUUUUAGUGUGAUACAGAUGAAUGUCACAUACCGCUAAGCUUGGAAGUCAUUUACUCUGUAACCCUCUGCUCUUGCUUUUCUCUUUGUUUUACAAACACACACUUUCCUCCUCCUGCUCCUCUCCCUGCUCUCCUCUCCUCCUGCUUCCUCCUGCUCCCUUUCCUGCUCUCCUCUCGCCACCUGUGGCUCCCUGAUAGUUUGAUCUGCUGUAGCCCAGUACGUUGAAGAUACAGCACUUGCAGCAUUUGCAACUCAUUCACACUCCAAAACUCUUUUUUCCAGCUUGUGAUGAGGUUCUUCUUCAUCCAGAGUUGAUCUUGCUCUAAGAAGAAGAGACCAAGGCUGGAGCUGUCCCCGGAUGGCUCAUAAUUAAUCCAGUCCUGUGUCAGUGUUGAAAUGGGUCACAGCCUGUACUCAAUAAACCAAUGUCAACAGGCGGGGGGAAAUGGUGCUGGACUCCUUUCAAGUAGAUUGAUUAGAUGUAUGAACAGGUUGUUUUAAAAAAAUAAGUCACCUCCUUAGAGGGUUAACCAAUCAGAAUUACAUAGUUAACAAGACUGAGUAAUAAAUGGAAACAGUAGAUAAUAAAUACAUGUGAAAAAAUGUGUGUGCAGGUGUCAAGUCCUGCGGAAGAGCAGCAGAAGAAUCUGGUUAACUGUGUGGAGACUCUGACCCCACGAAGAGGACCACUGUCUGCUCUGGAUGAGGUAAAACAACGUUAGAUUUACACUCAAUGCCUAACUAACCAAUGACAAACACACGUGGAUAAUAAAUCCUCCAAAUGUCACAUUGACCUGGUAACUGUAAGCUGAUGUAAGGUUAGUUGAGGUUCAUGCAUUCUCUCUAUGUUGGGUCUUUUUUUGAUUAAGAAUAUUGCACCAAUCUCUGCAUCCGUUGAUUUUGCAGAUAAUUUUUGCACAGUGUUUAACUCUUAGGGUCAGUGUUGUGUGAUGUUGAAGAUCUUUGAUAUUGCCCCUGACCAUCUUCUACUUACACUGCUUCUGCUCAGGUUCUUGAAUGGUUAUUCUAUAUACACAACAUACACCAUAAAAAUCAAUUAUCAGGCAAAAAAGCUGUGUGAGUUUAUCCAAUUUUUUCGUACUCUGAUAGUAGCCUUUAUCUGGCAAAGAAAAGAGGGUUUUGCUGUUUACUUGUGAUUACCUGAGUAAUUGGGUUACUCCAGUGUACAUGCAAACACACUGUUCUCCUGUCAACCGUGUGUUACUUCAUCAUAAAUUAAAAAACAGUGAGAAAUAAUCUCUUACUUUGAAGACACUCUUCCAUCCAGAUUUUCUGGUUUUCUGAUUGAAACUUGCAGAAAGUGUGUAAAUCAGCAUCAAGUGUUAAGUAAGGCAGGAACUCUGGAUGCUAGGUGAUGUAGGCUGCUGCUGUAUGUGAGCCACUGGUUUCCUCUAAUUCAGAAAGGUCAGCAGGGUCUGAGAGCAGGAGCUCUCAGGGUUCAUGAGCUCACAGCUUACACACUUGGACCAUCAGGCACACCAGGUAGUCAGGUCCCCAGGUCUGGUUGCUUUUUGUCUCUCUGAAGCUUGCAGAGUCAAACAGCUGAUCAGUGUGCUCAGGCGGGAGAGUGUGACUGUGCUUUGUCUGAGAAAAUGAAUGAGUUUCUGUCUGGAAAGUGCUUACAAAUGUGGAGUGUACAUGGACCCUGAGAACAGUGCUUUAGUUAUAGCUUGUUAAAUUGGUUUGAAUUCAGCAGUAGGGCUGCAAUAAACUGUAGCCUAGCCUCUGUUCGAUUGCUGAACAAUCUCUUUGCCGAAAUAAAGGAACCUCUUCUUCUUUCUCUCCUGUAAUUGAAGGACCUCCUCCUCUUCAAAGCCACCUCUGCAGCCACUCUGAGCUGUCUGGGAGGCUGCCUCUCUAUGCUGCAGCACAAUGUUGUCCAGGCCCUCAACCAGAACCAGAACCAGAACCACAUUGGUACUCCCAGCUUGAGCCACAGUCCAGCUAGGGUGGACCCAUCAGCUCCCACAGAGAGAGUUAAAUCCAGAAGUGUGAAUACUGUGGAGCCUGGAGGUCUCAGGGCCCGCAGUCAGAGCCCAACACCGAGCUUCAGUGAGAGUCCGAAACACAACCUGAUCAACCAUGUCCAGAACAAGAGUCCAGGACGACCACCUGCAGGUGAGUCAGUACAACACAAUAUAAUACAAUAAAUACAACAUGAUUUGACACAACCAAUGAAAUUAAAAAAAGAGUAAAACAAUGAAAAAAAAACAGCAAUAAUCUAAUAAUUGUGUGUAUAGUUUGAAGUUGAAGUCCAGUGUUUGUUCUUCUAUUAAGUUCACCAAAGUAAUCCUUAAGGGUAAUGUCUCCUGGCCAGUGGAAUUAUUUACUCGGGUUAUUUGAACGAAUUUGCACCAAAGUUAACCUAGAACAUCAGACGGGUUAGCCCAGAUCAUAACUUCUUAGUAACAUCAAUGAUUUGUGCAAGUACUGAUACUGAACUGAUCUGGUUUUCAUGAGGACUGAAGUCAAACCCUCUAAUGCAGGAAUCACAGAAGCCUUCCCUUUGCUCUGCAAAUGCUUUUUAAAAAAAGGAUUUUUUAAAUAAAAUUGCUGAAAAAGCUUUAGGGUGAUUCUUCUGAUGGUGACACUUUUCAUUAUUUCCUUCUUUUAGACAUUUCCUUAGGAUGGUCCAGAGGUCUUUCAGAGAAGACAGUGAGAAAUGGAGUUCCUAUUUCAUCUCAGACCAAAAAGGAUGCAGACCCGGUAUCUGAGGUAAUCCAAAUAACAACUUUAAACCCUCACCCUGAAUGAUAUGAUGGGAACAGACAGCCUGGCCGCAGCCAUCAUGUUAAACAACAACAAGACCAUUAGCUACUGAAAAGUGUCUCGUAUAUUGCAAAUCCAAAAGUCGUUACACUUUAUUGCAAAAAGUGAUCUAGGGUUACAAAAGCAGAAAUGUUAGAUGCUCUGGGUGUGAGGGGAACUUGCUGGUAACCCCUCAACAGGUCUGGUUUUUGUGAGGAAAGCAGCUGCACCUAUGCUAUCUAUACAGUCUUUCAUGUGAGACAGUCAGUGCAAAAGCGAGGUGUGCCGUCUGACUUUGGUGCAAGCAGGCACAGGGAAUCCCCAGUAGAGGAGCUAUUGCUAGGUAUGGCUCAGGUUUUUCUCGAAUAUAUCUGCGACCUGAUUGGUCAGCCAUGUGAAGGUACUUAUGUUCAGGACUCAGAUGAUCUUAUGAGUUACUGGUUGUCAUGCCAGUAAACGAGGAAUCACAAGAUCAACAUGAGUCCAUCUGAUGGGAAAAGAUUAAAAUGGGAUUACAACUGCUGAGAGUGACGAAUCUUUGCUUUCCUGCAGAAUAUGAAACAGUGGAUCAUGUGACCUGUGUGUGUGUGUAGGCACCCUGUCCUGUGUGUGCUUGCCUGCAGCUGAGAAUAAAAAGUCAUGGGAUGAUCAAGGGAUUAGAAAGAGGGAUGAGACCUACACAAAUACACACAUACACAAUCUGCUUGCACACUCACACGUAUGAUCAGAGCUAUGGAAAACUUUUCCACAUAUUGACCGAAACCCCAAUAAAUUAAUCCAACCUCAAAACAGACUGAGACACGUAAAGAGCAAAUAGAAAAUGUUGGAACAGUAUUAAAUUAACCAAUAUCUGUGCAUCAUGCUGAUAAUGUCGAUAUCAGCAGCUGAAGUCCAGCAGCAAGAUCAGUUGUAUAGUAAUUAAAUGAAUGCGUGCGUGCAUGUGUGUGUGUGUGAAUGGGGUACCUGACGUAGUAGUAGUAAGGAGUAGCCCUAACUAUGGAGCCAGGUUUAGAGAGGUAGAAAAGGUUGUGCCUACUGCAGUUCUGGGACUGGAGGAUUAUCCCAGUGGAGAGAGGAUGGAGGCCCUGCCUCCCACACAACUUUUUAGAAAUUUCUCCAUGUUGAGAGUUAGUGUGCACGGCUUAUAAUAAUGAGCACAGUCGUAAAAUGCCAGGAGACGAUGUUUGCUUCAUUUACUUCUUGUGUAAAAAGAUGCUGAAGUGAAAGCCUGUGUAUCACAUGUGCAGAGUUCAGUAUGAGGACGGGGGAGCAGCUGCACUCAGACUAUAACAAAGAAAUGAGGAGGGAUCUAAUGUAGUUCAAUGUGUGUGUGUGUGUGUGUGUGUGUGUGUGUGUGUGUGUGUGUGUGUGUGUGUGUGUGUGUGUGUGUGUGUGUGUGUGUGUGUGUGUGUGUAUAUAUGUGUAUGUGUGUGUGCCUGUGUAGGGGGCGGGGCCUGUGGAUAGUGGAUUGCCAGCAUCACUGUUAAUCCGUCUGUCAGCAGCGAAGCAGGGAGUACUCUCCUCUCUCCUCUCUUCCUCUUCUUCUCGUCUCUACUUUCUGUCUCAUCUUCCCCAUUGAUGCCUCUCGACUCCUCUUUCCUCCUCUCUCUCUCUCUCUCUCUCUCUCUUUCUAUGACUUUGCCUCCCUCCUUUCCUCGCUCUCCUCUCCUCUCAGUGUUAGUCUAGAUGUGAGUCGGAGUCUCCCCUCUCGUUGAUAUGAAGUCCAGCAGGACUCCAAACAAGUCAGCCUUGGUUUCCCUGCAGACCAGCAUUGUCAGUGUGAGUGUGAGUGUUUAUAUCACUUUAUUGUGCUGUAUUAAGACUGCUGACUUAUUAGGCUGACUGCUGUGAAAAAAUAUGCUUGUUUUUACAUUAAAAUGGGUCAGAUUUUCCUGCGUGUUUCUAAUCUGAGAGUGUGUUUGUGCAGUACGCUGUGUGUCUCAAUGUGUGUGUGUGUGUGUGUGUGUAAGUUUGAGCAUGCAUAAGUGUGUGUCUAAAUGAUUGAGACUGUAUGUAAUUUGCAGAGAAGAAAAAGGAGCAAACUGACCUGACAUUUGCAACUUUUAUCAACAUUCACAAGCUUAAGAUGUGAUGGUGUGUUGUAUGAAUGUAUAUCUGUGCUACCUGAGAGUAAAUCAGAACUGCAGUGAGUAACUUUCUUCAUGCUGUGAAAAACUCAGCAAUAAGUUCUUCAUUUCUUGUCAUAAUAACAGAGAAAAACUGAAAAUCCUUGUAUUUAGACCGCAGCCAACAGACAUGUGAAAUUUCUGCUUCAGUGAUUUGAUGAUUUGACUAUUGAAAUGGCCAAUAGCGAACGGUAUGAUGAUUUACGAGUUGAUAAAUGGCUGAGUGUUUGUGACAACAGGUUUCAGGGAAUUUUACUUGUUAAGUUUAGCUGUUACUGUGAAAUGUUUAACUCUGUCUUAUGUGACCUUAGUGUAAACCUGUCAAUGAAUUAUUCAAGAAGUUUUCUUGUUUUCACCAGAACUCGAGAGUCUAUGGGGGUCAUCUGUGGCCUUCUGAGUCUAAAAAGUCCAGGUCAGAAAGAGUUUUCAAUGCACCAAAGUUCAUCUCUUAUCAGGAAGCCCUUACUCAUCACAGCUUGAUAGAUGGUCACUUUGUCUUCAUGCAGGAGGGCUCUGUGAAGAUCACAGAAUAUAGUGGAAGUAGCUUAAGUGUGGAUUUACAAUUUUAUUUUUAGGGCUUGAGCACAGAGUGAUGUGAAGGCCCUAUUGAAAUCUUUAGUGUUAUUUUCCUCCAGAAUAAUUCCUCAUUUCAGAGCCUUAACACACCUGAAAACUCUGGGAUUGUUUGCAAUUCAAUCCCUUACAGAGGAUGCAGCAUCGAUGUCAAAGUUUGGCAUUUCUGGAUCAUGUUUCUAUCUGGUCUCCUCUUUUCAUGGUUCAGUUUUAACCUUAUUUGUGGAUGCAGUGAUGAACUGUGUUCACAGACAAUGGUUUUUAAGUGAUUUUGAGCUUGUGCAGUGAUUUCCACCACAAAGUCUUGUCUCUUUUUAUGCAGCGCUGCCUAAGGGCCUGAAGAUCAGCAUCAUCCAGUCUUGGUUUUGGUCUUUGUUCCUUCAGUACAGAGAUUUCUCCAGAUUCUCUGAAUCUUUUAAUGAUAUUGUGUUCUAUAGAUGAUGACAUCCACUCAUUCUUUCACAUUUGACACUCAGGUGCUUUUUUCUGAAACUGUUGAUCUGUAAGUUCAUGCAGUCUCUCACAGAGAGUCUCAGCCUCUCUAAAUGUCCUUUUUAUAUCCAAUCAUGUUACUAAACUGUUGAAAAUUCCCCUUAUUAGUUGGAGAUGUUCCUCCAGCUUUUUUUUUUACACAACUUUGCAAUAAAAAAGUUGUGUAUUGCAAAUUGCAAUACCCAACUUUUUACCUGUUUGGUUGUUCAACUAUAAAAACUUUUUACAAACAUGUUGCCGGCAUCACAUUUAGCCCACAUGGUAAAAUCCUUUACAGAAUGAUGUGGGUUUUUACUGCAGUGUCACCGGACGGGUCAAAGGUCACAGGUACUACAUGUUAGUUUUGUGUCUUGCAGAGAUUUCUCUGAAUCUUUGAUGAUUUUACAGACUGUAGAUGAUCAAUUCUCUAAAUUCCUGCAGUUGUACGUUGAGAAACAUAUUUAAACUGCUGGACUAUUUGCUCACGCAGUUGUUGACAAACCUCAUCCCAUUCACCCAUGGAUAAUCCAAACAGGUAUUUUUGGAGCAGUUCCCAGUUUUAGACUUUUGUUGAUCCUGUCCAAACUUUUUAGGAAUGUGUUACAGCAUCGAAUUCAAAACGAGUGAUUAUUUGCAAAAAAAAAAAAAAAAACAAUCAAGUUUAUCAAUUUGAACAUUGAAUAUCUUGUCUUUAUAAUGUAUUUGAUUUAAUAUAGAUGGUAAAGGAUUUGAAAAUCAUUGUAUUCUCUUUUCAUUUGCAUUUUCCACAACAUCCCAGCUUCACUGAAUUGGGGUUGUACUUAUUUCUUGUUUGAUCACUGCCCUAAAUGAAAGACCAGCUGGUGUCUGAAGAAGCAAAAUCUCCAUCUAUCUCUACAUAUUUUUUACCCCCCUCACCCUCUCCCAUAGGGACACCAACAGAGUCAGAGCAGCAGUCCAGAGAACACAGACCACAGUGAGGAGACCACAGAUACAGAUGACAACGAGGAGGAAGAGAUUGGAGUUCAGGAGGAGCAGAGGAGCAUCAUCACUCACCUUCUGUCUCAGCUCAAAAUGGGCAUGGACCUCACACGGGUAAGAGUCCAGUCCUAAAAACAUUUGUCUGACAGCAGGAACCCGCUUUGUUCAUCCACCACCCCCUCCUCUGUUGGGUUUGGACAUCAGCAGUCAGCUGAGUCUCGCUGACACAGUCGUUCUGAUUCUUUCAGACCACUGAGCCCUGAUUAUUGCUGGGCCACUGAUCUGGAUCACAGAGACCCUGACUACAGGAGAGUCUUAGUUUUCACAACACCACAUAAAACCUCAGAGUAUGAAGUGUGUAACAUGGCUGUAGUGCCCUCUUGGUCUAAAUCCGUUCUCACAAACACAUUUAGUAUUUUAUUUCAGAUCUAAACAUAGGAAAUUGUCCCUCCAUCUACCGAUCCUUGUCCUCUGUGUUCUCAUUGACAGGAGGGGGAGCUGCAGGGCAGAAACAGGGUCGAUGUUUUGACUUGGCCCUCCACCAGGACAACAAAUUGACUGGGGGGGGUCAUCAUAUGGUUGGUCAGAUUACAUAACAGGGUCCACUUUAUGUAAUCAGACGGAAAAUAAAGAAACAAUAAUGCAGUAUGACCCACUCUAUCAUACCUCAUGACUCUAAAGCAGGGCAUUCCACAGUAUGAGAAAGUAAGCCCUUCUGUAAGCUAACAUAAUUAUUUAUUUUUAUCAUGACUGGAUCUGUGUUUGAAUUCACAGAGGUCUGGACUUCUGUCAUUUUUCCAAAAAAGACAGAAAAAAAUUGCUACCAACCAAAAUAAAUAGUGUAAGAUGGCUCUCAUUUUGAAAGGCUCAUAGAGGAAUAUUACAAAGUCAUGGCUCCCUCAGACACGCUAUCAGGAAUUUUCUUGGAUUUUAAAGGGCAGUGCGCCAGAAAAGAAGCUGCCAAACCUGCCUACAAAGAAAAAAAGUCAAAAGUUCAUGGGAGUGCGUCUUUUUUCCUUUACAGGCAAGAGUGUCCCUGCCUACAAAUGUGUGCAAGAAAAUAAAUAUAACACACACUUGUGUUCAUACUCAGUUCUGUUACUAUCUGGAUGUUAUCUGCAGGAGUUAUGUCAGAGGGGCAACACAGUGAUAACAGAUCCUGAAGUCCUCCUCUCUUGUUCUUCUCCUGUCUGCCCUCCUGCAGGUGGUGCUCCCCACCUUCAUCCUGGAGAAACGUUCCCUGCUGGAGAUGUAUGCUAACUUCAUGGCUCACCCUGACAUGUUCCUGUCUAUCACUUCUGGCUGCACGGCGGAGGAGCGGAUUAUCCGUUUUGUGGAGUAUUACCUGACCGCUUUCCACGAGGGCAGGAAGGGGGCUGUGGCUAAGAAGCCAUACAACCCAAUUUUGGGGGAGAACUUCCACUGCUCGUGGUACGUCCCCCGUGGCCAAGUUAGACCCCUCAGGACCACAAAAUGUACUGGUCCAAACCCAGCCCCCACAGCUAAGUGUUCGAACCACGGGUCCCCUGAGAGGGGGGUGGACAGAUCCUGCAGGAAAAACUCAGACUGUUAUCAUGUGCGGUUUGUGGCGGAGCAGGUUUCCCAUCAUCCACCUGUGUCAGGAUUCUACUGUGAGUGUAAGGAGAAGAGGAUGUGUGUGAACACACACGUCUGGACCAAGAGCAAGUUUAUGGGCAUGUCUGUGGGUGUAUCCAUGGUUGGAGAAGGUAAGACAACAUACAGAUUCAGACACACAAUCAUCAUGAGGCAUCGUCACACAAAGCACAGCCUGUUAGACUUUUAUAAGCCAAAGACAAACACUCAAAAUUCAGUCCUAUUUCCUCUGACUAAUCUAUGAGAGCACAGCUUGCACUCGCUCUGCUACCUUUAUGGGCCACAAGAUAAACCUAGUCACUGUGAGAACCUUUACACAGCUGUUCAUGCCUGCAGGUUUGCCUUUACUCUGACUGUGAUCCAAAGUGAGCAUCAUUUCCACUCACUGCAUACACCCUCAGCUCUGUGUGCAGUCAGCGCAGUAACUGAGAUAACACGGAGCGUCAUUUCAUAUUAUAGAGCUGUCUUACUGCCCCAGUGCCAACAGGUUCACAAAGAGACUUCACAGAGAUCUGAGAGUAACCAAAAAAAUAAUGAAAAAUGUUUAUGAAGAUGUUUUAGUGAAGUACUUGGACUUGAGGCAAUGAUCAGAGCUGUGAAAGAGUGUGUUCUGGAAGUCUCAUCAUAUUGUGCAUAUGGUGUUGUAUCAUGCCAUAUUGUACUGAAUGAUAUGGUGUGUACCCCAUCAUAUCCAAAUGUCUAUCGUAUUACACAGUUUAUAAUUAUAUCAUAUGGUAAGGCUAAGAACGAUAUAGUUUUGAUUGGUUUCAUAGUGUAUCCUAAAGUGACAUAUUUCUUUGAUUUAGUCUUAUUGUCAUAAUUAAAUUUAAUCAUAAUUAAUCCUAUUCCUUCACUCCAUAUUGUAAAGUAUCACUCUAAACUGAACUGCAUCUUGCCUGAAUUGAUCCAACAGUGCUAGUAAUGUUUGGUAUCAGGCUAUACCAAAUCAUAUCUUUCACUCACACGGUUCAUAUCAUGUUAUAAUUUUGUUUCCAUUGAGUUGUGCUUUGUAUCAAAUAAGUCAUAUCUUUAAGUACUGAACUGUACUGUAUUGUUUCCUUUCAUAUCCUAACCCAUCCCUUUCUCUCGAAUAGUAUUUUAUCACACCCUGUCAUACCGGAUUGUAGAGAUUGUACCAUAUCAUAUUCCAUCAAACAGCAUUCUAUCCAGGAGCAUAACAUUGUAUAACAUCAUAACAUAGAGUAUCUUAUCUUUUCUUAUCAUGUCUAGUCUUAUCUUAUCCUAUUCAGUAUCAUAUUGUAUCCUUUCAUAUUGCCUCAUAUCAUAGCCUCUUAAACCUUAUCCAAUCAUAUUACUCUUCUAGCAUAGGUUCUCAUAUCCCUGAGUACAAAAAAUAUAUCAAAUAAGGAUUAUUUAUUAUCAGGAGAAGAAUCAUGUUUGCUUUCAGGGCUGCACGCUGUGUGGCUGCGAGAAAGUUCUGUUCCUGUAGUACAUUUAUUCAUUUAAUUAGGUGGUAUGUCCUCUAACUGAAACUAAACAAUGAUUGUCCAGUCCUGAUUGUUCAGCGCAUAACAGCCAGCAGCUCUUGACUUAAUACAGUAAUAAAUGAUGCUGGCGUACAUGAAGCCCCUCCCCCAGACUGUCCUCUCAUCCUCUGAUAGUAGAAAGCAGAGGUGUGAUCACAUGACUCUAUGUGAGGUGUAACAGCUGGUGUUCCUACAUGUUUAAUUUCCCACCUGCUCUAAGAAAGAGGAUUAACAUCUCGUUACCAUGGAAAUCACAUCUGUGGUUCACUGACCGGACACACAGGAAACACACUGGGACAUCAAACACAGCAGACAAAAGCCUGAAAAGAGACUGAAGUGAACCAGGUGCAGGUGUACGGUGUUAAAACUUGCAGGUUAUUUUGUAGAAAUAACCAUGCCUGUUGAAAUCUUAUUGGCCAAUACAGCAGCCAGCUCGAAAGUCUUAACCGUGAUUGGAUAUUUGCAUUGUCUGAGAUGGGAUAUAUGAAGCAAAUAUAUGUACUUCUACAAAUGUAGUGCAGCCUGAGACAACAGCACAAACUGCAGCAUUGUAGACAGAUGUGAAAUACACAUCACCUGACCCACUUUAUCUGUGGGGCAGAUAUGACAGGCUGCUGAAAAACAGUCCCACAAAGUCAGGAAAACAGUCCCAGCCUACUGUACUGCAGCUGUGGCUUUGUGUCUUACUCAUGUGAACACACACAUGGUCAACUUAAUGCAUUUACACACGUUUCCUCUUACACAGGUGGAAACACACACACAUUAAAGGCAGUGAUGACAUUGCUGACUGUGCAUAAUUCAAAUAAAAGGGGGCGAUCUCUGCUUGUGGGUCUUGAAUGUGUGUGCAGGUCAGUGGCUAUGUAUGUGUGCAUGUGUGUGCACGUGUUUGUGUGUGUCUCGGGGGAACAGAUGUGAUUGUUAACAGGACAGCUGUCUCUUAUAUAAGCAGUAGGGAGGGAGAAGAGAGCAGGACAGGAGCCUAGGAGGGACAAAAAGCAAACAGAAUAACAAUAAAUCUGCAUAGUUCCAGCUGUAGGGUGACAUCGACCUUCUCAGAGUCUAAUCAAACUAUAAAACCUACAUUAAAAAGCCACCAGACUGCAGCUCAAGAUUUUUGGAGACAUGUCGCUGUGAAAAUUGUUGCCUUCUUUCUUAUCAGUCUUCAUUUAAAACAAAGAACAGAGCACCCACAGAUGAUCGUCCCUGUUUCCGUCCCUGUCUGUUCUGCAGGUGUUCUGUAUUUGUUGGAGCACGAUGAGGAGUACGUCUUCACUCUGCCGUGUGCCUACGCCCGCUCCAUCCUCACUGUGCCAUGGGUGGAGCUUGGAGGAAAAGUCACAAUAAACUGUGCCAAGAGCGGGUACUCUGCCACUGUGACAUUCCACACCAAACCCUUCUAUGGAGGGAAAGUUCACAGGUGAGAUCAGAUCAUAGUGGAUAUUACCUAAAUCAGACUAUCAUCCAUCUCUGAACUGUAUUUGUUCUUUGGUACAGACCUGUAUUAGCUUAAAUUUGGUCAAUAAAUGAAGGAAUGUUGCCUGAGAAAUUUGUCGAACCAUAUUCAUCCAAUUAUACUGUAUGUCAGUUUUUUUCCUCUUAAUAGAUCUGAAAAAGUCUGGAUUUCUUAUAUUUGAGGUUUGAUGAUUACACCUUCCAGGUUUCACACUGCUAUGCCAAAUAAUAUUGUUGUUUCCAAUAUCAGCUCUAAAUGAUCCAAUGUAGCAACUUAUUGUCAAAUCCACUCUCUCUAUAUGAGACCAGCAGUUUUUUGGUGAUGAACUCCUGAGUGUUUCCAAGACAUCCAGGAGCAUUUUUCUUUCUCACAGAGUAGAUCAGUGUAUUUUAGAGACCAUCUAGAUCCAACCCUCAAAAACAAAGCUAUUCUGAGCGGAUUUAUGGAUUAACUUCUAUAAUAUCAUGUCAUUUCUGUUGUUAGCUGGCUAUGCUCAGUGAGGGUUUCUAACCCCUUGAUUGGUUGACUAUCUGCAACCAGCUGACCUGAACAGGUCCAGCAAGAAGAGACUGUAGUUGAAGACAGACGUCACAGUCUGCUCUCAGUGUAGAGAUAGUAAGAUAGAAUGGUUUUAAAAGAAUUCACUCUAUAGUCCAAUUGAAAAUAAAUGUAUUGGUAAAGGAUCAUAGACUAAGUAUUUGAAAAUAAUGAUAACAGAGAAGGUUAAAAUGGAAAAUUAACCUCUUGUGUAAAAGAAUCACCAGUGUAGAGAUGCUAAAUUCUUCUCCUCUCCUCUAGAGGCUGUCUCCUGCAGCGAGUCACUUCCCAUAGAUCUCUGUGUUUUUGAACCACCUUUAAAAAAGGGAUAAUUGAUGUUGUGUUAAAAAAAAGGCAGAUGGUAAUGCUACAUGGCUUAUUGAACGAUAGUGGGGGCAGUCGUAAGUUUUUGUGCUGGUUUAAAAAGGUAAAAGAGAUGAAAAGCAGCAGCAGAUGAAAACAAUGUAACCAGCUAGUUAGACUUAUUAGUAAAGGUUGUGGAGCAACAUGUCAAUCCAGCUGGGUCUGGCCUCUUUGUUUGACUGCUUAUGUUGUUUUUGCAUCUGGUUUCCAUGAAUAUCACAGUAAUGCCAUCAGCCAUUGGGCAUUUGGCCACAAUGACUGAGGUGAAAAUAAGAAAUCAUGUCAGAUUUGACUGUGAGGAGGGGGCGCUGUAACCACAACCAAGGUUGGAUUGGACAGCCUCAGCUCCACCUCUUUGUCUGCUGGUUUGCACCAGCAUUGUUUACAUAUUGACCUUCAUCUUUGGGUUGAAAACACCUCUAGAAACCAGUGGCUGACCUCACUAAGACUAAUGACGGGUUCAAACAAUCUUGAGCAGAGACCAUUGUUGAAAUGUGUCCUGUUACCUCUCAUCGUCAUCUCUGUUAGUCCCUCUCUAUACUGAAGAGUUGUGUUUGUGUUAUUCCAGAGUGACUGCGGAGGUGAAACAGAACCAGACAGGAAAUGUGGUGUGUAAGGCGCAGGGGGAGUGGAACGGCGUGCUGGAGUUCACAUACAGCAGCGGAGAAAACAAAGUAAUCGACACAGCGAAACUGCCAAUCAUCAGAAAGAAAAUGAGACCGCUAGAGAAACAAGGCCCAUAUGAGUCACGGUGAGUGUGUUGCAGUCUUGGUUUUGGUCCUUGUUCCUUUUGUUCAGAGAUUGUACAGAGACAUUAGUUGCAGAUGUUCUUCUGGCUGUUUCUUUUUUUUUUUUAGUGUUACACAACUUUUGACCUGUUUGGUUGAUGUGAAGCAUGAAAUUAUCUGUUUACAAGGAAUAAUGGUUACAACUGUGGUAACAACAUUUUGCGUGUGUGUUUACAGGCGUCUCUGGCAGCAUGUGACAGCAUCUAUUAAAGCAGGAAACAUGGACGCAGCCACAGAACACAAACACUUCCUGGAAGAGAGACAGCGUAGUGAGAGCAAGCAGAGAGCCACCAACAAGACCCUCUGGCACCCCAAAUACUUUAUCAAAGAGGUCAGACUAAAACACACAAACACCACCCCCACAGAUCAGUUCUUUGUGUUGGUAAAAGACUAUUUAUGAACCGUGUAUAUUGUGUAUUCAGGAUAUUUGCAGCCAUUUACUCACCCUAACAUCAUAACAGUUUCAGGAUGAUCUCUAUUGUUAUUUCACAACUCCUUAAAUGAUCACAUCAGAAACGUAAGGCAGAAACUAACAACUAGUUUGACAGACGCCAAACACUGAUGAUAGAAAUUAUUAGCUGACUAAUCAGUAGUUAGCUGUCACUGUAACUGAUAGAAAACUCACAUAGUGUGGAUGUUUCUUUCAACACUCACACAUUACUAUUCUACUUCAUUUUAUGUUUUUAUUUUGGUCCUCUUGGUCCCUUUUAUUUUAUUUUAUAGGGUUCUUGUAUUGCCUGGGUUUCUUACGAAAAGUGAAACAGGCCUACAAUUCAGAGGCCUGUUUUUAACUGAGCUUUUGUUUUUAUGUGUUUUUAUUUUCAUGUGUCGAUGUUCUGUGCUUGCAACUGUUGUCUAAGCACUUUGUAAACUUCUGUUUUUAAAGGUGCCAUACAAAUAAAAUUAUUAUUAUUAUUAUUAUUAUUAUUAUUACCGUUAUACUUCCACAAUACACAAUGUCCACUUUAAAAACUCCACCUGCAGCCCUUCCUCAGCCGUGUUGAGGGUAAAAUGCUCCCAGACAUUAAAGGUUUCAGGACAUGAUAGUGUUGACUAAAAAAUGUCACCUAAUUUAUUUUACAUCCUUCAUCUCACAAUUAUAAAUGUGCUGCACUGAGUUACAAAGAAAGCUACACAGGGAGCUUUGGGCCACAGCCUAUAACCGAAAUAGUUGAUUGUAACAAAAGAUCAUCUAUGACAAGGAAAAUAUCCUGUUAAAGUUUGGGGUUUUGGGGGUAUAUGAUUACAUUUCAGAGGGGAGGGAGGCGCCCCUGGGGUUGGGACACCCUGAAUCUGCACCUGCCACCUGUCUGAUGUGAUCAUCCAAAACUAAGACCAACAGCAGCCAGCUAAGAAAAACAGCAAUAUGAGAAGGUUUUAUAUUUAAUAUUGGACACUGGUCUCAAUCAUGAGCCUACAUUAAAAGAAUAGACCUAUAAGGCCUCUGUCUUUCGCUCUCCCACACCACCUGCAGAAUAAACACUAUUCCUAACACAUGCAGGGAGCAGAGCAAGCGUGGAUGGUGGUCUUAUAUGGAUGAAUUCGGACUAGUCUGUGGUUCUGCUUAAAAAGAUUUUAUUCUUUUUGAUUCAUUUUAUUUAUUGUUUCUGUGCACAGGGUGAAGGCUGGGUGUACCACAACCCUGUGUGGAAAGCUCACUGACAGCAGCGGAGGGAGGAGAUAUCCACACCAGGGAGACAGUGGACGUGAUCAGGAGGCCAGCCAGAGAUGAUGCCAUCAAAAGGAGACAGACAGAAGCAGACAUUUUGAGACUCUGUGCCAGAACAAGAAAUGCCAAAGACAAGCAGGGGACAAUGAGGGAACUCAGACUGGUGUCCACGAAGAUUCAUACUGGUUCACCUGGUUGGUUGAGACUAAUCAUAAAGGUUUCAGGAAGAAGAAGAAGCAGAAUAUCAGAUCUAGACUCGCUCUUGUAAACAGCUGCUGAAGCCCACUUCUCUGCACAAUGUACAGCGAUGGUCACAACAAUUUGCACAAUUCACUGUACAGUAUUCACAGAAAUGCGCAUGUGUGAGCAGUGUGUCUGUUUGUGUGAGUGGAUAAAUCAUUUCACAUACAUGUUUCAGAGUCAGGUGAAGUUAAAGCUGCAGCACUAUGAACUGUUCAUCCAUUGGGGCGUAAGUCUCAGUUUGACUGUAAACAGUCAGUUACACAGCAGCUUCACUCUAGCCUCCUUCAUCAGCAGGAACCUGAAACAGAAACUGAUGUUCUUGUGAUGUUCUCCUCAUUUACGGGUCUCCACUUUCCUGAAAUAACAUGAUGAUGCAGAUUAGUUAAGAGUCUAGCUUUGUCAGGUCUGUCCUCAAUAGGAGAAGAAAACUACUUGCUUGUUGAAUGGGGGUCAAAUCCAUCGUUUCUGAAGCAUUCAGGGAAGUCAGGAAAUCUUAACUCUUGUUGUUUUUAGUGAUUCGGCAUCAGUCAGGUCUGAGUGUAAAUGUUUGAUCUGAAACAGAUUGUAAGCUGACCAUCAUGCAGGUAUGUGUUUAUAGCUGAUAUUCUUAUCCAAAACCUGGUUAAAUGAAAAAUUAAAUCAGAAAUUAAAGGGAUAUUUCAGCAUUUUUGAAGUGGGACUGUAUGGGUUACAUUUCCCUAGAAAGUGUUAAGCCACAAUGAAUGCCAUUGAGCUCUGCCCCUUUAAAAAGACACUGCAGGACAAACUGGCACACAAGCUUGGCUACAGUUUCCUGCCCACAGUGCUGACUCUGCCAUGUAAUUUAGCUGAUUUUGAGACUCUGACCAAAGUUCUCAUCUCAAUUCAAGUGUAAGCUCUUUUAAAAAACUGUCCAGCUCUUUUCUUUGCCAUAAGACAGACCAUGUCUUUUUACUGUGAAACACUCAUACAUGCUCUCCUGCCUGCAGGCUGAUCAGAUAAUCAGGUCACCUCUUUGUUGUGAUUUUUGAUAUUUCGUUUUUUUCAUAAUAUUAAUUACCCAAAGCCUUGGAACAGCCUUUGGACACAGUAAUGUGUGUUGAAGUUGUUCUUUCAGCUUCAGCAGCCACUACAGUGUAUCAUGAUAAGGUUAACAGAUCCUGUGGACUGUGGGUUGUAUCAUUAUGCUGUUAUUAUCAAUGAGAGCUGAACUGUAACUCUGAAGAUGCUCUUCCAUUUAGCUUUCCUGGUUUUCUGAUUGAACUCCUGAAUGUUGAAGAAAGUCAGUGAGAAACAGUGUUUAGCAUUCAGGACAGGUAGCGGACUGCAGCCUCAUGUGAACUGCUGCUGUAUUUGGAGUCUCCCUCCUGACAGACAACAGUUUUCAUUCAUUAUUUAGUUUGGCUGUAUUUUUGGCUCUUGGAAGCCUAAAGGCACCAGACAUCUGAUCAAACUGCAUGUAAUAAAAGCACGUCUGUGUGUUGGGUCUGCAAAUAGUGCAAAAAAAAAAAGAUCUUUCUGAUAUAGAGUGAAGUGCUGAAAGAUUUCUCUGUACAGCAUGCACUGAAACUGGGGUGGGUGUAUGGGUCAGGCUCUCUAAAUUGGCUUAGCUUGUGCUCUGGCUCCCCCUGCAGUUUCUCAUUGAAGGGGCAGAGAUGACCAACAUCCACUGUGGCUAAAACAAUCACUGGUGACAUAUAACAUGUAAAACCUCACUUCAAAAACCCUGGAAUAUCCCUUUAAGAUAACUGCUGUUUAAAAGGCCUGCAGACAAUGAAAUACAUCAGUUUCACCUCCAAUUGGUUCUGUCAAAACAAAACUCAAUCACUUUAAAACUGUUACAUCCAGAAUUACAGACGUCUCCUGAUUUAUAACUUUUCCAUGCACUGUUCUUUAACUUGCUGCAUCACACCAGAUAAAGACAGUGUAAAAGUUGAUGUGUGAAUGUGUGAAUGCCUGAUUUGUGAUGAGUACUCUGUAGAUACCUGUGAAAUUGCUGAUUUGAUGCUAAAAGAAGCUGCCCUGAAGUAUAAAGAUCAGGAGUAUUUUAAUCUACAGCUUUCCACCUCUGAAUCUAUCUUUCCUGUAUCAUCAGUCUUAUGUAUAAGCAAUAUUAAUACUGAGGAAAUUUUAUAGUCUAUUAAAGGAGGUUCCACUGCAGACAGACUCAUCUGUACCAAACCUAUUUUUCUUUGGUACAUUUCCAUCAAUAAUGGCCCGGUGGAUGAUUCUGCAGCAUUAUGGGACACACCCCGACCAUGUGACCUUGAAGUGAUCUAACCUAUGCAACGUGUGACUGUAGUUGGUCUGAAGGAGGGGCUGAAAGAGCUCUGUAUUUCUUUAAAAUAAAGAUGUCCAAUUAAGGGUG